GUACACUUUAAUGAAGAAGAUGCUCAGCCUGAUUCUCAAAUAAUUUCAAAGACUGAUUUGAUCGGGGAAGCAGUGAGUUGAUGUUGGUGAUGAUGAUUAUCUAAUCUGCUUAUAUGGUAUUUGUGUUUAGUGGUUGUCUUGGUUUUGUGGUUAAUUGGAAUUGUGGAAUAGUUUCUUGCUGGUUUGAAAUUUGGUGAUUCUUUGGAGAAUGAAUAGAUUUGGCAAAGUUUAUAUUUCCGAGGGUUGCAAUGUCACGUUUGAAUCUGAUGAAGGUGGACCAACCCCAUCCACGUUAGAUAAUGAUUUAUUACCAGAUAUCAAGAAAAACCCACCAGAGGAAAUCGCUUUAACAGCUGCCAACCUUGGUAUAUUAUUCGGUUUUGCAAUGGCUACAUUAUUCUUCAGUACAUAUAAAGAACCUUCAAUUUAUUUAAUGUCAUUAUCAGUUUUCCAUUUUUUGGAAUUUUACAUCACAGCAAAAUAUAAUCCUAAAAAAGUUCAUAAAGAAUCAUUUAUUAUAAACAAUGGAUCAUCAUAUACAGUGGCUCAUACCAUUGCUAUUAUUGAAGCUGCUGUUGAAUAUGUAUUCUUCCCUAAUUUUAAGAAAUCCUUUAGUUGGAUCAAGAUUAUUGGAUUGAUAUUAUUAGUUGGGGGACAAAUUAUUAGAUCUUGGGCAAUGAUUACAGCUGGUAAAUCUUUUAGUCAUUUGAUUGUUAUUAAAAAGUCAAAUGAGCAUGAAUUGGUUACUCAUGGGAUUUAUUCUGUUUUUAGACAUCCAAGUUAUACUGGUUUUUUCUGGUGGGCAGUUGGAACUCAAUUAGUUUUAGUUAAUCCAAUUGCAUUAGUUGGAUUCAUUAUUAUUCUAUGGAUGUUUUUCAGUAAACGAAUUAAAUUUGAAGAAAAAUAUUUGAUUUCAUUCUUUGGUGAAAGAUACGAAAAUUAUAGAAAAACUGCAUUUGUCUACAUUCCAUUUAUCAAUUAA